AUGAUGCUCUCCCUUCUAAAGAGAGACUAUUCCAGAGGUUCUACUUCCACAAGCUUGGGUUAUGUGAUUCGUGAUGAAAAAGGUGAUCUCAUCCUUGCGGGAGCAAAUGCUUUGCAUCCUGAAGACUCUAUCCUGUUUGCAGAAGCGUCGGCACUAAGAGAAGGCAUCAAGAGUGCUUUGGCGUGGGGCUGCAAAAAUUUAAUUAUCGAGGGAGAUAAUUUGGUGGUGAUCAAGUCCAUGAAUCGUGUGUGGCAAAUUCCGUGGGAGAUUGAUGGUCUCAUUGAAGACUCAAUGGCGGACUUAUCCAACACUGAUGAUUUCGUGAUCAACCAUUGCUACCGGGAGGCCAAUCAAGCGGCUGAUUUUAUGGUGGCUAAAGGAAGCUCUUGUGUUUCUUUGUCGUUAUGGUUUUCGUCUUUUGAUCCUUCCUUCUCCCUUAUCAUCCGUAAGGAUGCUUUAGGUUGUCCUUUCCAAAGGGCCUAA